GCUGCUGCUGCUCAGAUGGCCGUUAGAGUCCAAUGCGCAUCAGAUGAGGCAUGUGGAAGAGGAAUUCCGGUACUACAAUGUGGGAGUUCUGAUGGCCUCCAACCUCAAUUACCCGUUCGAUUUGGAGAGGUGCGGCCCUGCCGUCGACAUGGCUUUGGAGGAGGUGAAUGAAAAAUUCCUCGCUCAGCAUCGAAUCAAGCUUUUGAAGGUCCAGAAAAGUUACCCUUCGUGCAGUGGCGUGCUUGCCCCGGGAUUGGCGUCCGACAUGCACUUUGUAUCCGAUGUGAUCGCUUUCAUUGGUCCAGCCUGCCUGUUCGCCUUGGAGCCAGUGGCUCGAUUGGCUGCCUACUGGAACACCCCCAUCAUUACCGGAAUGGGCGAUCAGCCACCGAGUGAAGGCGAGCUUUCAGUCACAUCUCGCAUUUUGGGCAGAUACAACCCGAGCAAUAAAACCGACAGCGCCGGCAUUUUGAAAGACAAAAGCAAAUACCCCACGUUGACCAGAAUGUCGUAUUGCCAGUGCAGGCUGAAAAAGGUGUUUUCUAGCAUCUUCCAUCAGUUUGGAUGGAAGCAUAUCGCCCUCAUCCUGGAUCGAUCUGAUCUGUUUUCGCUUACAGUGGGUAUCACGGGUCAUGUGCGCAUCGACGACAACGGCGAUCGAGACGCCGACUACUCGAUCCUGGACCUGGACCCGAUCACCGGCAAAUUUGAGGUGGUGGGCCAUUACAACGGGUUGAACAAGCGGUAUGCGCAUGUGGCGGGCAAGCGCAUCCAUUGGCCGGGAGGACGCGAAGGACCGCCCCCGGACGUUCCAAAGUGCGGCUUUCUGGACGACAAUCCCGAGUGCAGGGACCGAGGGCAUGAGCUACUUGCACGGUUGCGACAUCUCCUUUCACGGCAAAUUGCGCUCCUGCAACUGUCUAAUCGACGGCCGGUUUGUGCUGAAAAUCUCCGACUUUGGGCUCACCUCGCUCAGCAUCCCUGUGGACGUCAUCAAGGACACCAGUUAUUUUAACAAAAUGUUGUGGGUCGCUCCCGAGCUUCUGCCCUUAACUCUUGUGCCAGGCAAUCCAGCCACCCAAAAAGGCGACGUGUACAGCUUUGGCAUUAUUCUGGAAGAAAUUAUUGUGCGCGGCGGUCCUUAUGAGGCUGCCAGAAGGUAUCUGGAGGUUGAAGAAAUUAUCACAAGAGUGGCCAGCAGAGAAAACCCGCCCUUCAGGCCGGCGGUGAGCCAGAGAGACUGUCCGGAGGAGUUGCUGGACCUGAUGGAAAGGUGCUGGAACGACAACCCUGAAGACAGGCCCGCCUUCGAGUCAAUUCGUCUAAAUUUGAAAAACAUCAUGCGGGGUUACUGCGAGAACAUUAUGGACGAUCUACUUAGGCGCAUGGAGCAGUACGCUAAUAACUUGGAGGUGCUGGUGAGCGAAAAAACCGAAGAACUCAGCCAAGAGAAGCGACGCUCCGAAGAGCUGCUCUAUCAGGUGCUGCCGCGCCCAGUGGCGCAGCAACUAAUGUUGGGCGAAAUGGUGCAGCCCGAGCAGUUCGAAUGCGUGACGAUCUACUUUAGCGACAUUGUGGGGUUUACCAGCUUGUGCGCCAACAGCACGCCAAUGCAGGUGGUCGACUUUCUCAAUGAGCUCUACAGCACUUUUGACAGGAUCAUUGGCUUCUACGACGUUUACAAGGUUGAAACCAUAGGAGACGCUUAUAUGGUGGUCUCAGGCCUUCCAGAGCGAAACGGUGACAGCCAUACGAGGGAAAUUGGCUUGAUGGCUCUGGCCAUCUUGGAUGCAGUGCGCAGCUUUACCAUUGCGCAUCAGCCCGACCGCGUCCUGCAGCUUAGAAUAGGCAUUCAUUCCGGCCCGGUUUGCGCAGGAGUGGUGGGGCAAAAAAUGCCCCACUACUGCCUAUUUGGUGACGCUGUCAACACCGCCAGUCGCAUGGAAAGCACCGGACAACCCUUGAAGAUCCACGUGAGCGAAGCAGCCAAGCAGAUCUUCGAUAAGUUCGGCACGUUCAACCUGGAGCUGAGGGGCGAGGUGGAACUGAAGGGCAAAGGUUUUGUGACUACCUACUGGCUGCUGGGGUGCUCAGAUUCUGAUCCCCGGCCUCCCACUCCACGCGUCCCCAGCACUAUUGAGCUGGACAGCAACAACCCCUACCCUUUGGUCUUCAUGGGGUAAACCCUUGGUUAUUCCAGCCAACCGUAUGAAUUAAUCAUGUAGGGUAGUUUGGGUGUUAUGCAUGUUUCAAAACUAUAUUUCCAAGCGAAUAAACGAUUUAUUUACGUAUUAAAUCGGCCAAUUUUCCUGCGAACAGCCCGAAAAAGGUCGUGGUUGGAAGAAAACAGAGAAACUGGUGGAGAUAUUAGAUAGAUUUAUCAUAAUAUUAAAUACAUUAUCCCUGCCGCAGUCGCGCACCAGAAAACACUCACAACCGUUACGCAAAAGUAGAGAUACAUUCCCUAAGUCUUACUAUUAAGGGCCCUAACCUAGAGAAGUUGAAAGUAAAGCUGCCUCACAUCCACAU